AUGGCGAACCCAGCCUCCCCCAAGAUUAUCUUCAAGACAUUUCGUGUCGUCAGACCACUUAACGAAGAGGAAACCAAGACACUGAACAAUAGUGCUGGGCCAGGCUUCAUCAGUCUGAAGGUUGGCGACUUCGGCUUGAUUCCAAACAUCCCAGCGAACUUCCUGGAUGGGAAUUUACGCCCACACCUAACUGUCCAGCUGCUGCGUCAUGAUGCAACUGGUGCUGUAGCCCGGCUAGACACGCACUGGCCCAACGGAAGAUGUCGAGUUCCCAAAUCCAUCGUUGAGAUAGGAGCAUAUUUUCGAGAAAAUGUUGAGCUCAUCGAUGAGAACAACUUGCCGAACUCAUCUCUCAAACUACAGCUGUCUCCCAACAUGCCCCUGCAGAAAUUCCUGGAGAGCUUUCUGGCAUCGCUUUCGGCAGCCGAAAUGCAAACACAACUCAAACUCCACGGUGUGUCUGGGAAAGUCGCAGACGUUGUAUUGCAGUCCAACAAAUGCCGUGGAUUCGUGAAAGAAUUCAUCAAUGGAAUGGACUACUGCGGGUCUCUGAGACUCUUUCGAAACGGCCUCCCAAAGCUCUCUGAGAUCUGGAACGAGCUUCGACAUGUUGACUCAGAUGCUUCGAAUGCACCCUUCACCAAAAACGGAGUUUUCUUCUAUAUCAUAAUAUAUUACAACGAGAAGAAUGGCACCAUCGCGGUGUAUAUCGGUAAAACCGGCAGUCCAUUGGCCCGGUACAGGCAACAUACAAAGGAGCUUUCCGGGAAUGGUAGACUAAUGCACUAUCGUGUUGCUCGUCAGAAGCUCAAAGACGGAGCCACUCACCGUCUCAUCCCUAUCGCUUUUUUACCAGGCCACAUGUCCGAUGUCAAAUUGUUCGAGGGGUGGGCCGAAACAAUUUUGACAGUCUUGUUCAAUUCUUUCAGUCCCAUCAUGUUGAACAGCAAACAGCAAUCAACGUCGAAUGAACUCCCACCCGACGAACUUGCACAAUUGAGUCAAUCUCUCAAGCGAGAUCCUUACCUUCAAACUUGCGGCGCCCCCCUUGGCAGAUUUCUACUGAAUGUGGCCGGUCGAAUCAAGAACUCUGACUCCUCAUUGAAGGGAUUCGUUUCAAAUGAACGGUUCACAGGCCUGAAUUGGUCUGUACCGUUAUCUGAGGGCGUAUUUUAUGAGGCGAACCUCUGGAUUCGAUCUACAAUACACGGUGGUGGAAACAAACCAGCAAUGUGGGAAUUCCGCACCCACCCAAGACGGCUCACGAAGGAGAGGUUUGUUUUCAUCUUCCACGGUCGUACCAAUACUCUGCCCGUUAGGUUCCGCCCUGUCGUCCCAGCGGAACUCACAUCCCUUGUCGCAGGGUCGCUUGUCAACGUGGUGAUCGAAAUCACCAUUAAUCCGAACGAUAAACACCCAUACGCCUACGCCCGAAUGCCGACUGUUGGGCCCUUCGAUUGUUGGAACGAGGCAUCGCGUCUCGCCGUCCGUUUCGAAUUUGAGGAUGAGCAGGGCUGGCAUACACAGUACUUGAAACAAGAGAAAGUGCAACUUUUCUCUGCAAGGAUCAAAUCAAGUUCAAGUGAACUUGGCGAUGAAGUCAACCACAUUGACCUUGGCUGGGUGCACAGUAUCAAGAUGCUUGCGGCUUUGUUGAACUGGGAAUAG